AUGUUCCAUCCAUGGCCGUGCUUUCAAGAUUUAAACUUCAUACAAUUAUCGCAAAUACAAUGUCAGAGACCGGUACAACGUGACCUUAAAAUGCCAAGUUAUGUGGAUACGGAAAUUUUGCCACGCAUGAUCAACUUACCAAAUACUAGUGAUUCCUGCAGUGUGAUCGGAUAUCCUGAGAAAAGGGAAUCGCACAUCUACCAAAUCGGAGAAACAUAUCUCUUUAACCGGACACGAACCGAUACAAAGCACCGUAAACGUGCAUUCACCAAAAGGGGUUACUUCAGGCAGUCACGUUCGCUACUUCGAAAGGAAAAUCGCAUGAAGUUCGCAUAUGCCCUGCAAGGCAUCGACUACGAAAUGCUUGAUGGACUGAAGAUGGGUGAAAUUCCAGACAUUAAGAAUUACAGUAUUCCCGGUUGUAAAUUUUUUGUCGGCUGCGAUGCUAUGACGACGGCCGACGACUUCUGGUCGUCCAUCGGCAAGCCGAAAUAUGUCGCCGCACCUAUGGUGAACCAAAGUGAACUGCCUUUCAGGAUACUUUGUCGACGAUACAAUGCACAGUUAACAUUCACUCCCAUGCUUCAUGGUCGUAUCUUCGCAGAGAAUGAAAAGUACCGAGCUGUGCACUUCCAAACUGCGGAAAUAGACACACCGCUUAUCGCUCAAGUAUGCGGAGAUGAUGCUGCAGUGCUAGCGCAGGCCGCAUCAUACCUUAAAGGAAAGGUUGCGGCGGUAGACCUGAACUUAGGUUGCCCACAGGGGAUCGCAAAGGAUGGUCAUUAUGGAUCAUUUCUUCUUGACGAGCCAGACCUUGUAACUGGUAUUGUCAGCCGUAUUACCCAAGAAGUGGCGAUACCGGUGACUUGCAAAGUACGUAAGGUAGAUAAAGACUCACUCCAGUCUACGCUGAACUUCUGCUUUAGCCUAGAGCAGAGCGGAUGUAAAGCGAUAACGAUCCACGGAAGACAUCGCUCGGAAAAAGGUACCAAUGUCCGUGAAGCGGAUUGGGAUGCCAUUCGGAUUUUAAAAUCUCGCUUACGUAUCCCAGUAAUCGCAAAUGGUGGUAUAGAGACGUUUGAGGAUGUAGGAAGGUGCCUGCAGUAUACUGGUGCCGAUGCUGUGAUGUCGUCCGAGGCUCUGUUGGAGAAGCCAUAUCUAUUCUCGGGACGCAUAUAUGACCAUCUCAGCAUAAUGCAAGAAUAUUUGGACAUUGUUAGGUUGUAUCCUAACCAUCCACCGGCCUGUGUCCGUGGACAUGCCUUCAAGAUACUUUAUCAGCACUGUCAAAACCAUCCGAAUCUACGUGAUAGACUUGCUAUAGCGAUGACCAUAGAUGAGUUUGAGGAGAUUGUGAGAAGCCUGAGGGCUGCGGAGGAUCCCGAGAGUUGCUACACACAUAUCAGCGGCUCGUGGUACCGUCGCCACCGUAAUCCGUCAAGUUCAGAAGCUAAAACUGUGCCAGAUGUGAACUAUGAUACACAUGUAUUUGACGGUUUUGCGGGUCUAUUUGGCGGGUGA